AUGUCUACCAAGACAACGGACGCUAAAUUGGAACUGAAGACAACAGCGAAAGCUUCAACGAUGAAGUUUGAAAUAUCGCGAGGAACUCGGCCACUGAUCGCUUCUUCUACAAACGAUCCCAGGAUCAUCUACCUAGAUCGUGUUUGUCGCACAUGUCUGGUGGAAAAAGAAAAGGAACAACUGAAGAAUCUGUUCGAAUUAAACCUGGCAGAAAGAAUAAUGAGCUGCACCAACAUUACGGUAACCGAAUCCGAUGGGCUUCCUUGUCAUAUCUGCACGGAGUGUUGUCUUGAGCUGGAACGAAGUUACAACUUUCAGCAGCUGUCCAAAGCAUCGGAUGUAACAAUACGUUCAUUGAUUGAAAAAUCGGUCGUUAUAAAACAAGACAGCGAAACAAAAUACGAAGUGUUGAAUGUGGUCCUUACCGAUUUGGACGGCAAUACGGAGACAUCCGCCGUCGUGGUACCGAUCGAGGAGCUUCGCUUUCAACUGAUGAACACAACUAGUAGAAUAGUGGAAGUGCAGCCAGAAGACGAUAAUAGUAUUCCGUGCCGCAAAACAACUCAAAUGCAUCCUCCGCAUCAGAAUACGAAGGUUUCUUUGGAAAGCACCGGAAAGGAACCAUGUCCUGGAGAAGAAUUCGCGCUGAAAGUAAAUCCAAAUGAUUUGUUAAACGAGUCGCCUCAUGGGACGUGCCCAAACAAAGAAUCUUCGGAUCCACCGCGGAUGCAAGCGUUACGGGAAUCUACCAUACUCAGAAACCUGAAACAGGAAUUGUCCGAAUUUAUAGGAAGCAACUGCACCGCUAUUUCAAAGGAGGUAGAGAUCGUAGACGAAAACGAGGACGAUGAGCUGAUUCAUGUGGACUAUCUGAAGGAUGCGUUGACGGAGGAGUACAUUCAAAUAAUGGAAAAUCAGCUAGCGUCGUCCGUUGAGAACAGCAAGGAACAGGAACAGCUGGAGCAGGAACAUUUGAACAAUUUGAUCCAUGCUUCGAUGGAAGCAGAAGAACCUCGCGAGAACCAAAAAGUGGAAGCCAGCAUUGAGGGAGACACAACGACGCACUGCAAGAUAUGUGAUAUGCAAUUUAGCAAACGCAGAUUAUACCGCAAACACAUCAGUCGAAAACACGCCGAGAAACGGUUUGAAUGCAGCGUAUGUCCAUUGAAGUUUGCCGAACAGUCCGUGCUAAAGAACCACAUGUUGCGACACACGGGAGAAAAAGCACACGUAUGUGAUGUUUGCGAGGCACGGUUUUACGAGAAAACGCUACUGAAUGUGCACAUGCGGCGGCACUCGGGCGUACGACCGUACGCUUGCGGACUGUGUGACAAACGGUUCACUACUCGCAGCAUUCUUAACACGCACCAAAAAGUGCACAAUGAUCCGCGGCCCCACGUGUGCAACGUUUGUCAGAAAGGUUUCAAGCUGUCCUGGCAACUAAAGGCACACUGUCGAAUCCACACCGACGAAAAGCCCUUCGAAUGCCCAUACUGCCAAAAGCGGUUCAACCAGAACGGAAAUUUGGUCGUACACAUCCGUACUCACUCGGGUGAAAAACCUUUCAAGUGCAAACUAUGCGACAAGGCAUAUCCUAGUCAAGGAGAGCUACGGGGCCACAUGCGACAGCACACAGGAGAAGCCAAGGCAAAGAAAGUGGUAUGCAAAGUCUGUAGCAAAGCAUUUUCCGCCAAUCAUGACUUAGUGGUCCACAUGCGCACACAUACGAAGGAAAAGCCGUACGGCUGCACGGUCUGUGAAAAGAGGUUCAUGCUACGCGUACAUCUGACCGUACACAUGCGAUCUCACACGGGCGAAAAACCAUUCGCUUGUAGUUUGUGUGAAAAGGCGUUCCCUACCAACUAUCAACUGAAAAUGCACAAUUAUGUGCAUACGGGCGAGAAAAACUAUUCCUGCGAUGUAUGCAGCAAGCAAUUUAGCAGCUCAGCCAAUCGCAACACGCACCGGAAAACACAUGAUCGGAAAACCAAAUAA